AUGGCUCCAUGGACCCGGAGGUUUACCGAAAGACCCUGCAGGCAGAGCUCCUGCUUCUGGAGGGCAAAAGGGUCGACAAGGUGUUGCAUGCUGCGCAGCUGCACUGGAAUUCUCUGCGGGUUGUGUGUGUGUGUGUCAAGCCCUGUACCAAAGGGCAUCUGUUUUGCACUUAACUUUCCGCAGUGA